UGUCGACUUUUUGCCUUUUAUGCAAAUAAAAUUUCCCUAUCUCUCUCUAUCAUGUAACAUGCGCAGUUGCACAUACCCAAUGUCCCGAGUUAUCUAUUCCCGCACAUACCCAGUGACUCAUGCACAGUUACACAUAUCCAGUGUUCGCGUGAAAGAAAUAGUACGGGCGGACAUACCGAAAAGUAGAUGAAGUUCUCAAAGAAUGCUAAUCGUAUUCAAAUUACCUACACCAAACAAUCUGUCUUGCAGAAAUCAUGGAUUUACAAUUAGGCAAAAAAGAUGAAGAGGAGGCACACGUGACGGCGACCAAGAAUCGGGGACGAAGAAGAAGAAGCGUUCACUGAAUGAGCGGUCAAAGGCGUUGUGUCUGGUCCUGCGUUGCCGGCUGUCCAGCGUCGUCUCAGCAUCACCCAGUUAAGCUCUACAGAAACGGGAGCAGCGCGCCAGCAUGGCACGUGUCCUGAAGGAGCGACUCGGAGCAGGUGACCUGGAGCCGAGCGAAAGUUUCGACUGUGCCGAGGCAUUCGGGUACGGCAGCUACCAAAAGGGUGUCUUGCUCUUCGCCAUUGUCGGUGUAUGGGUCAUGCACUCCCACACGCUUGCCUUCCCGCUCAUCUCCAGCGAGGUGGACCACUGGUGCAGCAAGCCGGUCGGCACCAACAUGUCAGACACAGAAUGGAAGGAGACUGCCAUCCCCAUAGAGGACGACGGCCAGCGAAGUCACUGCACCGUCUUCGCGAAGCCGGGAUAUCUGAACGACACCAGCGUGGUACGGUGCAAGCGGUGGGACUAUAACGCCGAGGCUGCUCACACCACCAUCAUCAGUCUUUGGAACCUGGUGUGCGAUAGGCGGUGGCUCGUGCACAUGGCCAAUGCCGUCUUCAUGGCCGGCGUCCUGGGCUCUCUGGCUGCGUCUGGCUUCGCCACGGACAUCACCGGCCGAAAGCUGGUCAUACGUGGUGCCGCGUGCGUACUCAUGGUUGCGACGUUCGGCGGCUGUUUCGCCGACACAUACCUCAUGUACCUCUGCACGAGGUUUGUCAUAUCGGGCUCGUCGAGCGCUCUCUCCAUGGUGGCCUGCAUCCUGCUGACCGAGGUGUCCACGAACGCCCACCGGGCCGUCCACGUCAGCAUGUCCGGAAUCGUCGGCCUCUUGCUUGGCGACGUGUGCUACGCAGCCCUGAAGCAGGCGCGUCUCAACUGGAUCGGGCUGCAGCUCCUCAUGGUGGCCCCCACGCUCCUCGUUCCGUUGGGUUGCUUCCUCGUAAAAGAGUCGCCUCGAUGGCUCAUCGCCCGGCGCAACCUCAAGGGUGCCGGAAUUGCCAUGCAGGCAGCAGCCAAAGUGAACGGCUUCCCAGUCGACGCCGCCGAUUUGCUGGUAGAGCGAAUCAAAAACCAUGACGUCGACAACGCCAGGCGGCCUGCGGCCGCCAGCCACGACAAGAGUGCCUCAUCAGCCGUCCUUCGUCGUGGCCUGAUCAUAUACGCCUCCUCUUUCGGCAUUAUGGUCGCUUAUUACACGCUGCUUCUGGCAUCUUCGGCACGCGACAAAACUUGGAUGCGCUGGACGUCGGUCGUUGCCGACGCUGUGUGCUACGCACUGUACCUGUUCGCCGUAGGCAGAAUCGGUCGAAAGGCUCUCGUCACUUCCGUCUACGUUUUGGCGGGCACCUACUGCUGCUUUCUGGCCACCACGCUCAGUACCGGCUCUGCUGAACUAUUCAGCACCACCCUCCUGAUCCAAGCCAAGGCUGUCACGGGCGUCGGCGUCGUGGUCACGUCACUGUGCGCGGCCGAGGCCUUCCCGUCGGCCGCUCGCGGACUCGGCGUGUGCCUUGCGUACUCCUGCGCUCGGCUCGGCGGAGUCUUCGCCGCUGCAGCGUCCAGCCUCCGCGCGGCGGGCCGGGAGGAUCUGCUCUUGGUCAUAGUGGCCGGCGCGUUGUACGCCUCGGCGCAGAUCUUCCAGAAACUGCCGCGAAAGGUCACCCCCUUCAACCCGGACAGCACGUGGACGACCACUGUUGUGAGCCCGUCGGACGCGGUGGAAGGCAUGAAGAAGUCGCUGGAGCAGCAGCCGAAGGGAAAAGUUCGCAAGAAGCGACAGAGACUCGUGGCUACCCAUGACAGCAAGAUGAUCAGUCCCGACAGUGGGGGUUCCAACGUAGAUGCCAAGGCGUCUGGUGUUGUUUCACCGGUCAGCAUGUCCAGCGCCGACCAAGCGGCAAUGAGUCCCUUCACGAAGAAAAGUCACCAUGGUGACACGCAAUCGCCAGGCAGUUAGUCACCUUGGCCAAACGAUGUUUAUUUUUACAUUUUCUUGCUAUUUUACCACGUGUAGUUUUUUUCCUUUCUUGUGUAUCACAGAAAGCAAUUUUGCCUUUGUAUUUUGGGAAAAGGACAUUUCUACAAGUGUA